GGGUCCCAUUGGCACCGGGCCACUCAGUACUAUCCGACGUAGUCCGAUGGUGACCGACGCGUCUCCAGUUGCCGAACGCAUCGGUACACCCACUUCUCGCACUUGUUCCAUCCUGCAGCACUCGAGAACCCAUCGUGCACGUCAAAAAUUAUCAUCCGUAUUUUCAAUCCAAGCAUCAGCCCUUCAUUCUUGAUUUUCAUCGAUAAUUCGAGGUGAUUAAAUACAAAAUGUUGAGCCUCUGCCGGCUGGCACUCGUCGCCAACAGUCAGAAGCUCGGAGCAAGAUGUCUAGGCUCCAUUCUCCCCACACCGCAGCCACCGGACAUCGUCCUGGCGAACGAGCCGGUGCUAUCCUACACGAAGCACUCACCAGAGCGCCAGGAGCUCGAGAAAGUCCUCUCGGAGUUCUCGAAUUCCGUGCAAGACAUUCCAAUAGUCAUCGGUGACGAGGAGAUUCGCACCGAUCAGGUGCACUACCAGGUGAUGCCCCACAAUCACGCAAAAAAAAUCGCCAAGUAUUAUCACGCAACUCCCGAUCUGAUAAAACGUGCGAUAACCGUCGCAACGAAGACUCAACGUGAGUGGGAGCGUGUUCCCCUGGACACGCGUAUGAAGAUCUGGUUGCGGGCAGCGGAACUCAUGCGUGAAAAAUAUCGACAAGAGUUGAAUGCAUCAACAAUGUUGGGCCAGAGUAAGACGGUCAUUCAAGCGGAGAUAGAUUCCGCAGCGGAGCUCAUUGACUUCUUCAAGAUCCACUCGUACUUCGUGAAAGACGCCCUCAAGUACAGGCCGAUAUCUCCGGAUGCAUCGGUGACGUUGAACUCGAUGCGGUACCGUGGAAUGGACGGUUUCGUCGCGGCAGUUUCCCCGUUCAAUUUCACUGCGAUUGGUGGCAACCUGGCGUACACACCGGCGUUGAUGGGGAAUGGAGUCCUCUGGAAGCCCUCGGACACGGCUGUCCUGUCCAACUGGACGAUCUUCAAGAUCUGCCGGGAGGCAGGCGUUCCACCGGGUGUCGUUAACUUCGUACCUGCACAUGGACCAGAUUUCGGUGACACUGUGACAGCGUCACCGCACCUGGCGGGCAUCAACUUCACCGGCUCUGUGCCUACGUUCAACCGAUUGUGGACGCAGGUGGGUAAGAACAUCGGUGUCUACAGGAACUAUCCCAAAUUGGUGGGCGAGUGCGGAGGAAAGAAUUAUCAUUUUGUUCAUCCGAGUGCUGAUGUGGAUUCCGUCGUCGCCGGGACAAUUCGCAGUGCGUUCGAGUACAACGGACAGAAGUGCUCAGCGUGCAGUAGAAUGUACGUUCCGCAAUCGCUCUGGGGGGAGAUCAGGCAGGGACUGAUCAAGGAGAGGGAUCGGCUCAAGGUCGGAGAUGUCCAGGACUUCAGUGUUUUCACUUCUGCGGUGAUUGAUGCCGCUGCUUUCAAGCGCAUCUCCGGGUACAUUGAGUACGCGAAGAAUUCCAGUCACUUGGAGAUCCUCGGAGGCGGCGUGUGUGACGACUCGGUGGGAUACUUUGUCCAGCCAACGAUUGUUCAGACGAAGGACCCCAAGGACCGCAUCAUGACGGAGGAGAUCUUCGGGCCUGUGUUAACGAUCUUCGUUUAUGAGGAUCGCGAUCUCGAGGAGACAAUGAAGCUCGUCGAGAGCUCAACUCCUUACGCACUCACGGGCGCCAUAUUCGCGCAGGACGAGCAGUGGGCCAGACGGGCCCUGGAGGAGUUCAAAUACACUGCGGGUAAUUUCUACGUCAAUGACAAGAGCACAGGUUCCGUCGUGGGACAGCAACCGUUCGGUGGGAGCCGAAUGUCGGGGACCAAUGAUAAGGCUGGCGGACCACAUUAUGCCCUGCGGUGGGCCAGUCCGCAAAGUGUUAAAGAGACUUUUGUACCCCUGAGGGAGAUUGACUACGAGUAUAUGAGGGGUUAAAAUUUUUUUGGAAUAUGUUGGGUUGUUUUAAUGAAAUGAUGACUGCCACCAUUUUCUCCUCAGCAUUUUAAUGACGACAAGGGGAAUUCCAGAUUUUUCCGUAUUAUGUAUUUUUAGAUUUUUUUUUUCGUUGAACACCAAAAAAAGCUGGAUUUUUACAUUUUUGAGGACAAAUAAUAUUUUAUAAUUAAGGUUUCUACCGCAUUUAAAUAUUUUUCUUUUCACUCUGUAGUUUUUAUAAACAAAAAGAGAAGAAAACAAUUCAAGAUUGCUCGUGUGACGUGUAAAAUUAUGUACAAAUCGCCAAUAACAAAUGCAAAUGAAAUAUCAUUAUAUUUUGACAAACAAUUAUGAAUAAUAGAUCUGUUGGUCGUAACAUGAGAAUCUCAGGUUUUUCAUCAUAUCUAUGUUAAUUUAUUUUCAUUGUACUGUCAUGAUCAAAUAAAAUGAUUACUAUUGUCAUAAAUAA